CACCGGCCGGAUGUUGCCCGGCGAAUGCUCUACUACGCUAGUAUGCUACUUUGUGGGAUUAUCAAGCAAGCCUGCACCGCAGCACUAAGUGAUUAAAAAAUAAAUGCUUUUUAUGUUUAUGGUAAAAAAAUGUUCAAAACUCUUCUCCUUUUGUCCCUGCUCGCCCGGUCAGGAUUCUCUCCGUCCCAUCUGUGAUUCCCACCGCUAGUCCAACCCGCCAUUGCCCAAAAAAAUCGCUUCUUUUUCUUCCCCGGAAUCGGAGGAGGGGUCGGAACGAAAGAAGAGAUGGGGUUCGGGAAGAAUGGCUUUGGUUAUGGGAAAUGGGAUGGGUUGCUGUUGAGUGUAUGAGGGAGGAUCUAGGGUUAGGGUUUCUGAUCGGAGGAAUGGCUGCCGAGAAGCCCGGGUCGAAAGGCCAAGCAUGGUUUUGCACUACUGGAUUGCCCAGCGAUGUCGUAAUCGAAGUCGAUGAGAUGAGCUUCCAUCUCCACAAGUUCCCGUUGAUGUCUAAGAGCAAGAAGCUCCACCAGGUGAUAACGGAGCGGGAGCAAAACCCCAGAGCGAGACUAGCAGAGGGCAUUGAAGGAGGAGGGGGGGAAGAAGAGAUCGAAGAAGAGGAGGAUCUCCACCACAUUCCCCUCCCGGAGUUCCCCGGCGGCGCCGAGAUCUUCGAGACCGCCGCCAAGUUCUGCUACGGCGUCAAGAUCGAUAUCACGGCCUGGAACGCCGCCCCGCUCCGCUGCGCCGCCGAGUACCUCGAGAUGACGGAAGAAUUCUCCGAGGAGAACCUCAUCUCCCGCACCGAGCGAUUCCUCGCCCAGUCCGUCCUCCGAAGCCUUAAGGAAUCGGUGAGAGCCCUCAAGUCCUGCGAGGACCUCCUGCCCCUCGCUGAGGACCUCGGCAUCGCGCAACGCUGCAUCGACUCCAUCGCCGCCCGCGCCUCCGCCUCCGAUCUCAGCUCCCUCUUCGGCUGGCCGAUCACAGAGGCCGCCGCCGCCGCCGGCGAGCCCAAAACCAAGAUUUCGAGCUCGCCCCUGUGGAACGGGAUCGACGCCGCGGUCCGGCGGAAGAGCGGGAUCCGGUCUUCCGCCGGCGAGGCUGUGGCGGACUCGUGGUUCGAGGACCUCACGGUUCUCAGCCUCCCGACGUACAAGCGGGUGAUCGCCGCCAUGAGAGCUUGCGAUCUGAGCUCGGAGAUCAUCGAGGGAUCGCUCAUCUCCUACGCGAAGCGAUCGAUCCCGGGUCUCUCGCGAACGAGCCGCCACCACGCCACCGCCCCGGUGGCUUCGGAGCCCGAACAGCGGGAGCUCCUCGAGACCGUCAUCUCCAACCUCCCCCAAGGGAAGAGCUCCGGUCUGGUCACCACCCGGUUCCUCUUCGGUUUACUCCGGACGGCAAAUAUACUCCGCGCCUCGGAAGCUUGUGCAACGGCGCUGGAGAGAAAGAUCGCGUCGCAGCUGGAGCAGGCGACGCUGGACGAUCUUUUGAUACCGAAUUAUUCCUACCUCGUCGAGACGCUCUACGACGUGGACUGCGUCGAGAGGAUCCUCGGCUAUUUCCUCGAAGGCCUGCAGGAAAGAUCGGCGGUGGUCGCCGCCGACGAGGACGGCGGGGACUUGGCCUUCAGGUCACCGCCAGGUAACAAUAACAAUAACAACCCGUUGCUGAUGGUGGGGAAGCUGGUGGACGGGUACCUAUCGGAGAUCGCGUCGGACGCGAAUCUGAGACCGGAGAAGUUCUGCGAUCUCGCGCUGGCGCUGCCGGACCACGCUAGAGUAUUCGACGAUGGGCUCUAUCGCGCCGUCGACGUCUAUGUCAAGGCGCAUCCGAGGAUAACGGAGGAGGAGAGGGAGAGGGUGAGCGGUGUGAUGGACUGCCGGAAGCUGACGCUGGAAGCGUGCACCCACGCGGCGCAGAACGAGAGGCUGCCGCUGCGGGCGGUGGUGCAGGUGCUGUUCUUCGAGCAGCUGCAGCUCCGGCGGGCGAUCGCGGGGACGCUGGCGGCGGCGGCGGCGGCCGCGGGGGAUGAGGAGGAGGAGGAGGAGGAGGGGGGGCCGCUGGCGGCGGCGGAGGGAGGGAGGAGGGAGGGGGGCACGUGGAGGACGGCGAUUCGGGAGAACCAGGUGCUGAGGCUGGAUAUGGACAGCAUGAGGGGCAGGGUACGGGAGCUGGAGCGGGAGUGCUCGACGAUGAGGAAGGCGAUCGAGAAGAUGGAUCGGAUUCGUGGGGUGCGUGGCGGGGGAGAGCGAGCUGGGGUUUGGGGUUCGUUUACGAGGAGGUUUGGAUGUAAGUUUACGACCCAAGUUUGUGAUUCCCACCAGCGGACCGUGGUGGAGCCGAGGAAGUCCAGAACUGAACGUUCGCCGUAGCUUUUAAUUCAUCACGUAUCGGAUUUUUUUUUCUUUUUCUUGGGAAAACAGUUCUCCUUGUUAAAGUUUCAGAUUUCAGAGAGGGGGAAAAAAUUGAUGGUUAUGACUCUA